CCAGAACAGAUCAGACCAAGGUGGGUGCAUUCAAGCUUUUGGUGUCUUCCCGCUGAAGGCAAUCAUGUCCCCCCAGAUAGAACCUGCUUGUCUCCCUCACGUAGCACAGUACCGCACCCAGAGAGCACACACACACGCAGACGGACAGCGUCACGCAAGAGAAGCGAACAAAUAUGACGGAAGAGAGACACAAGAAGACAUCACACGCACAUCCAUCACGACAAUCUCUGGUAGCAGGCUACGCCAGUCCCAUAAGACUCUCGUGCAUCCCCACGAACGCCUGCAAAGCGCCCCGGCAUCGUUCAACCGGUGCCCUCGCACGGCCGCAGGGUGGGGUAUACGAGGCAUUCGAUGAACCUGUCCGCCACCUCAUGGGGUCAAGCCCUGCUGUCGCAAUCCUUACGCGCGACCGCAUUACACUUCCCGGCUUGCGGUGAAGGUGGAGAGGCUCAACGAGGGGUCCGUCGGUGGGUGUGUGUACGAGUGGGGGGUUGGUCAUGGUGCCGCAUCCCGCGCCCCGAUAGUUUCUGGGGGGAGCAGAUGGGGGCGGCCGUGCAGUGGCCAGGGCGGAGUUGAUCAGAUCAGUGAGGGGAAACAGGAGGUCUGGCGGGCCGUCGUUGCUGCAGGCUGUGACUCCGGCCGCCCACUCGUGGACCUUGUGGACAGAGGGGUCAUAAUGCGGCAUGGUGCCGGGCAGGAUACCUGCGGAAUCGGCCAGUUCUAUCAGCUCGCUCCUCAGCGCCCUCAUCUGUAGUCUCUCGACAGUCGACAAGUCUCGGAACUUGUCGACCUUCUCCGAGUUGCUCCGAUCAGCGUCCGCAGCGCCCGGGGGGCCCCUCUCGCUGAUGGGCGGCAGAAGGCCGGGCGACCCCUCUCGCAUUGACAUCGGUCCCGUGUCGGCCGUCUCCAUCUCACGCCAAAACACGUCUUGUGUGUCGCUGAAGCGUGCUGACGACGAGGGGGGCAUCAGGGCCAAUACAUCUUCGGGAGGCUCGUCACACAGUCGGAAUGUCUGGAAGGGGCGAAACAUGCACGGCCAUGCCGGCCAGAUGCGAUGCGUGGGCCUUGGCUGGUCGUCCUGGCUAUGUGUGUAGUGUGCACCUCUUGCGAGAUCAUCUUGGCACGCGGCGGGCUGCGGAAGGUCUUUGAGCUCCUGGUGCUCACACUGACUCCAGACUUGCGCAGACGAUCGUCACGCAGGGAUGUCCAGGUGCUCAUCAUACUGUCGCAUAGAGACCCUGAUGAAAGGCAUACAAACAACCGACAUCCACACAGCGGGGUGGUUGUGUCAGUAUGCUCGCUCGUCGCGACCGACCCCACCUGAGUAUGGCGUGAUGGCGAGAAACCGCUCCAUGACUGUCGCAGGCGCAGAGGGGGAGGGGUUGCUGAGAGCCCUGUAAUAAGACCGCUGGCCGACCGGCCGCGACUUGGGCGUCACCAGAGGCGUCAGGUCUGACAAAUCGGUACCCAGCCGGAGUCGAGGACGCUCUGUCAGGCCCUGCAUUCACCGCACGAACAAAGCUGUGAUGACCCACACCAUUCCACUCGGCCAUGUGAAGCACAUGAACCCACCUGUUCGUCUUUCACACGCCGAAAGUCGUCGACCACCGAAGGGCUCGACGUCAGCACCUCGGAUAAACUGAACCGCCCAGCUGGGACGUCCCCCGCCGCCCUUUUAUCCUCCCUCCGGUCCCUCCACGAGCCGCUCCGUCUAGGCUGCCUUCUCAUUGCGAAGCGCCGCCCACUCUGGCUCAAAACGGGCUCUUCACGCCCCGGAGGGCCUCUCUUGAGCUUCACGCGAUAACGAAAGGGCACGUCUGCAGCCGGCGGUGGCUCCAAAGGGGCCUCUGCUGCUUCUGACGGCCUCUCCCCCUCAGCUUGCAGUGGGCUCUUGUCUUCUUCCAUCUGCUCUUGCCCAUCCUCCAGCUGCUUCUCCCUCUCCCCGUCUCCUCCGUCGCCCAGUCUGAGUCUCUCCUGAAUUUCAAUCGAGGAAGUGGGCGCGAGCUCCCCCACGUCCAGCAAGAGCGCAGGCAGGCGCUGGCUGGGCUGCGUCGACGACCUUUUGCCGUUGUCUUGACUGGGCCUCGCGAAGGCAAGAGACCUCGACCGCUGGGAGAAGACGGAGCCAUGUGUGGCUGGGGUACUGAUGACUGUGGCUCGGCUGCUCGGGGCCCUUGACCGCCGCGCGCCUGCUGUCGUCGCCUGUUUGGCCGCCUUCUUAGCGCUUUGUUGGAGGGCAUGGAGGCAGCUGGCGAAUGCGCUGAGCUGCGUUUGGCCUCCCCUCGAUAUAAGGUGGUUGAUGACCUCCACAUGGAGGACUUUGCCUGGCUUUCCCUCUGAGAACAUCACCCUCUCUGCUAACCACGACGAGGUAACAAAC